AUGGUGGUUUCUGUAAGGUUUAACAGCAAAUUCCAGAAAAAGUCAAUCAGUUUGCCCUGCAGAUCGCACCCCAGCACGCUUCGAAUAGAAGAGGAGCUGACCAAGAUCAAAUCAUCAACUUUAACAAAGGCAUCUGCUGACAAUAUAUCCGACGGUCUGUGUCAGCUGGCUAAUUUGUACGACCACGUUGACGAUCUUCUUGCUUCCGUGGCAACUCAGAAUCUAAUUUCUGCACACGGAAAAGAAAUGUGGCUGGAAGAGGUUUUGGAAGGAUCUAUAAAACUGCUGGAUGUUUGUAGCAUUUUAAGAGAUGUGAUAUUGCAGAUUAAAGAGAAUUUACGCGAUCUCCAGUGUGCACUACGGAGGAGAAAGGGGCAAACCAGUAUCGGAACCAGCAUAAAAGAAUUCAGCUCGUUUAGGAAAAACAUGCUUAAGGAUGCUAAGGAACUGAUUAUGAGUCUUAAACAGUCUGAAAAAUCGACUGGUCUAAUGACAGAUCCUUGUAACCACCAUCUAACGGCAGUGAUCAGAGUUUUCGUGGAAAUUACUGAUCUGGCAGUUGUUGUCUUUGAAUCACUUUUCAAACUGGUAUCACCCGUUUCAAAGGUAAAUGGAUGGUCUAUUGCAGUGUCAAAGCUGAUUCACAAACGGGCUGUCGCUUGUCAACAAACCAUGAAUGAAUUCGAAAAUAUAGAUGCUGCGUUGCAUUAUAUAUUGUGCAACGGCCAAGAAACAUCAGAAGAUACACGAACGGCACAUUCAAGAGUGGAGGAUCUUUAUGCAAAAAUAACGAGAAUAGAGAGUGGUCUGGGUUGUCUGUUUAGACGAUUUCUGAAGACAAGAAUUGAUAUCCUUAACAUCAUCUCCCUAUAA